AUGAAAAAUUCCUAUCGAAAUCUUUUUGUUUUGUUGGUACUACUUAGUCAUCUUCAAUUGAUUACGUCUUAUCCUAAAUCAUUUAUGAGCCAACAAAGAGCAUUUCUUCAAUGUCAAUUUUCUGCAAUUUCAUGCAAACGCAGUGUGCCAACCAUUCAAGAAAAUCAAAAUCUUGCAUCAAUCAGUUACAAAACUGAUUUUGAAGAAUGUAUUAGUCAAAAUAAAUCUUUCUGGUUUUGUCUUCAUCGUCCACAGCAAGACAUUUAUGAAAAUAUAAAUCCAAAUGAUUAA